AUGCGAAAUUGUGUUUCCGACCCACAACUUUACCGCGGAUUUAAUCAUUGGUAUUCUCUUUGUGUUGAAAACCUUAAAUCUGUUUCUAUUCGACAAAAUGAAUUUUCAAAGAAAAAUAAUUCUUCUUCUUUGGGAAGUUCUAAAAAAUCUACAGAAGAAUAUAAAAAUCGAAUAGAACAAUUGGAUGUUGCUGCAGCUAAAUUACUUGCUGUAGCUGAAAAUUUUGAAGAAGAUGAAAGACGUUUAAUGGCUGCUUCAGCUUCUGAACGUUUAGAAGCUAUGGGGAUUCCUUCUCCAAAUAUUGGAGAACAAAGGAAAAAUCGACAAGAAACGGAGGAAUUUAAAUCUAAACAGAUUCUUAGCCCAACAUUUAGAAAGAAAAGUAUCAACAACAACAACACCCAACAACAACAACCUUUAACUGUCCAACCCUCAUCUCUAGCUAAAGGAAAAUCGAUAAGAUUAGCUCAGGAGAGAUUAGCAUUCGCUGCAGGGGGUCGUCAACACACAACUGGAGGGAUAUCUAGAAAUUCCAAUAUUGGAAAGAUUGGAGUUAUUCCUUCUCUAGACAUAACUACAUGUUCACCAUCAACAUCUACAGCAGCUACAACAGUCUCUUCCCCAAAAGAAAAUCAAAAAAAGAUUUUGGCCACUCCAAUAGAAGGAAUUGAACAAAUAAAUUCUCCUCAAAAUCCUUCAAAUUUAGAAGGAGAAAAUUCUGGAGGAAAUUUAGAAAGGAAAAUUUCUGGAAGAAGAAAAAGACUUGAAGAUUUGGCAAAAAUAAAAGAAGAAUUAAGAAAUACAAAAUUACCUUCAAUUUCUAAUAAUUUGAAGAAGAAAAAAGAGAGAGAACAAAAACAAGAGGAAUUGGAAGAUGCUCAAGCAAAGAGUACUGUCGAUGCUGUGUCAGCAGCAUUUCAUACAACAAUUACUGAUGACUUCACAAACAUCAACGGCUCGAUUACCAACUACAACAACAACCACUAA